AUCGCGGAGGAGUCGCUCGCAUCGAACACGUGGCCGGUUACCCAAAAUUGUGAAAUUCCAUAGUUCCAGAAAAAACUUAAACCCAUCCAUAUUUUUGAUACAAUACUGAGGCUGUUGAAAAAAGUCUACAUUUAAUUUCACAAUAAUUCCUCAAGUGAUUCUGUUUCUUAUAUAAGAUAUAGAUAAUGACUGGAAGCAUUACAAUCAACGGCACUAGGCAUGAAGUCCACCUGGCUGCCCUGCCGGCGGAUAUCACGCUGAACACCUUCAUUCGAGAGCAUGCCGGGCUCACCGGCACCAAGUUCAUGUGCCAGGAGGGCGGGUGUGGCGUCUGUGUCUGCACCCUGACUGGACUGCAUCCGGCGACAGGAGAGCCCCGCACCUGGGCGGUCAACUCGUGUCUGACAUUGCUGAACACCUGCCUGGGCCUGGAGGUGACCACCACCGAGGGACUGGGCAACAAGAGGACCGGAUACCAUGCCAUCCAGCAGCGGCUGACCAAGAUGAAUGGCACUCAGUGCGGCUACUGCUCACCCGGAAUCGUGAUGAACAUGUACGGACUCCUGAAGUCAAAAGGUGGCAAGGUGACCAUGGCCGAAGUGGAGAACUCCUUUGGAGGCAACAUCUGCCGCUGCACCGGCUACCGCCCUAUAAUGGACGCCAUGAAGUCCUUUGCCGUGGACAGCAAUAUCCAGGUGCCAGCGGAGUGUGCCGACAUCGAGGAUCUGACCACCAAGCAGUGCCCCAAGACGGGCCAAGCUUGCUCCGGAAGCUGUAAGAAGCAGCAGCCCCAGGGCAGCCAACUCUAUUCCGAUGGCAGUCGUUGGAGCUGGCCGAGAAACCUCACCGAGUUCUUUGCCGCCCUUCAAGAAGCUGUUAAGGAGAAGCUCCCCUACAUGCUGGUGGCAGGAAACACCGCUCACGGUGUCUACCGGCGCAGCCCGGACAUCAAGGUCUUCAUCGACAUUUCCGGCCUGAAGGAGCUCAAGGGCUAUAGCCUAUCCGCCGACAAGUCCACCCUGGCUCUUGGCGCCAACUUGAGCCUCAGCGAGGCCAUGGAUCUCUGCCGGCAGUUGGAGAAGACCAAGGGUUUCGAGUACCUGGCCCAGGUGUGGCAGCACCUCGAUUGGAUCGCCAAUGUGCCGGUGCGCAAUGCCGGAACGUUGGCUGGAAACCUGGCCAUCAAGCACGCCCACCCGGAGUUCCCCUCGGAUGUGUUCAUUGUCCUGGAGGCUCUGGAUGCCCAGGUGAUCGUCCAGUCGUCGGCGGACAAGGAGGAGACUGUGAGCCUUGCCACCUUCCUUAGCUCCUCCCUGGAGGGAAAGGCUGUUACGGGAAUAGUGCUGCGAGCUUAUCCCCAGGAUAAGUUCUUCUUCGACUCCUAUAAGAUUAUGCCUCGUGCUCAGAACGCACAUGCCUAUGUGAACGCCGCCUUCCUGCUGGAAUUGGAAGCAGACUCCCGGGUGAAGUCAUCGCGCAUUUGCUUCGGUGGAAUCAAUCCCGAGUUCGUCCAUGCCACGGCCAUUGAGAAGUUCCUUCAGGGAAAGAACCCCUUCGAGAAUGGCCUGGUGGAGAAGGCCUUCGGCCAGCUGUCCACCUUGCUCCAACCCGACGAAGUCCUGCCCGAUGCCUCUCCCGUGUAUCGUCGCAAAUUGGCUAUUGGGCUCUUCUACAAGUCCCUUCUCAAAGCUGCAGCCCAGCGAAAACAGGGAUUGGGUAACCGGUACGUAACCGGAGGAUCUUUGCUCCACCGUCCAGUGUCCAGUGGACAGCAGAUUUUCGAGAGCUUCCAAGAACAUUAUCCAGUCACAAAGGCCACCGAGAAGCAUGAGGGAUUGAUCCAGUGCUCUGGAGAAGCAACUUACUCCAACGAUCUUCCCACCCAGCAUAACCAGCUCUGGGCGGCUUUUGUCACCGCCAAGAAGGUGGGCGCCAAGGUCACCAAAGUAGACGCACAACCAGCUUUGUCUCUGCCCGGAGUGGUGGCCUAUCUGGAUGCCAAAGACAUUCCGGGGCCCAAUUAUAUUGGACCCAAGACCAGAGACGACUUCUUCUUCUCGCAGCACGAGCAGAUUUUCGCCACUGGAGAGAUCCAGUUCUACGGUGAGCCCGUGGGCGUUAUCCUGGCCGAAUCUAACGCACUGGCCAAUCGGGCAGCGGAGCUGGUGAAGCUCAGCUACGAAGGUAAAAAGGAGGAGCUGCUGCCCACUCUGAAACACGUUCUGGAUAAGUUAGGCUCCGAAGUAGGAAGCAAUAAGCGUUUCGAACAUAAGGUCAAGUCCAGCAUUGAUAAUUUGGAGUUGGAGGAACCUUUCGAUGUAAGCUCCUCUGGAAAACUGGACAUGGGCUUGCAGUACCACUAUUACAUGGAGCCCCAGACUACGGUGGUAAUACCGUUUGAAGGCGGCGUCCAGGUCUACUGUGCCACCCAGUGGAUGGACCUCACCCAGGACAUCAUCGCCAAUAUACUGAACUUGAAGUCCAACGAAGUUCAGGUGAAAACCAGACGAAUUGGCGGAGGCUACGGUGGCAAGGCCACCCGUUGCAACCUGGCUGCUGCUGCAGCCGCCGUAGCUGCUUAUAAACUGAAUAGACCAGUUCGGUUUGUGCAAUCCCUGGAGUCCAUUAUGACCACUUUGGGCAAGCGUUGGGCCUUCCACAGCGACUACGAUUUCUUCGUCCAGAAGUCCGGAAAAAUUUCUGGCAUUGUAAGCCGUUUCUUCUCGGAUGCCGGAUACUUGUCGAACGAAUCCCCCAUCGGGCACGUGGUAUUGCUUUCCAAGAACUGCUACGAGUUCAGUGACAACUACAAACUAGAUGGCUACUUGGUGUAUACGGACUCCCCAUCGAACACACCGUGUCGAGCUCCGGGCUCCGUGGAAGGCAUCGCCAUGAUAGAGAACAUUAUUGAGCAUAUAGCGUUCGAAACUGGAGUCGAUCCGGUAGAUGUGCGCCUGGCCAACAUGCUGCCAGCCCACAAAAUGGGUGACAUGAUAACCAGAUUCCUCGAGAGUACCCAGUACCGGAAACGCAAGGCCGACAGCAUUGCCUUUAACAAGGAGAACCGCUGGCGCAAGCGAGGACUGGGCCUGUGCAUCAUGGAAUACCAAAUCGGCUACUUUGGACAGUACCCUGCCACGGUGGCCAUCUACCACAGCGAUGGAACUGUAGUCAUCUCCCAUGGAGGCAUUGAAAUGGGACAGGGCAUGAACACCAAGAUCUCGCAGGUGGUGGCCCACACCCUGGGUAUCCCCAUGGAGCUGGUGCGCAUCGAGACCAGCGACACGAUUAACGGAGCCAACUCCAUGGUCACUGGUGGAGCCGUAGGCAGCGAGACACUCUGCUUUGCUGUUCGCAAGGCCUGUGAGACUCUCAACCAACGCCUGGCGCCGCUCAAGGAGGAGCUGAAGCCCCAGGACUGGCAGUCGCUGAUCAACGAGGCCUACAACCGCAAGAUCAACCUCAUCGCCAGCGAUCAGUGCAAGCAGGGCGACAUGGAUCCCUACUCGGUGUGCGGUCUGUGUUUGAUCGAAGUGGAGCUGGAUGUGCUCACUGGAAACUAUGUUGUGGGUCGCACCGACAUCCUCGAAGACACUGGCGAGAGUCUGAAUCCUAAUGUGGACAUUGGCCAAAUCGAGGGGGCGUUUAUGAUGGGUCUGGGCUACUGGACCAGCGAACAAAUCGUCGCGGAUCCGAAUACUGGCGAGUGCCUCACGAAUCGCACAUGGACCUACAAGCCGCCAGGAGCGAAGGACAUCCCAUCGGAUCUGCGCAUCGAACUCCUGCCCAAGAGCCCCAACAAGGCCGGCUUUAUGCGUUCCAAGGCCACUGGCGAGCCAGCUAUCUGCCUGUCCAUAGCGGUGGCCUUCGCCCUGCAGCAGGCACUGCAAUCGGCCCGUGAUGACGCUGGCGUGCCCAAGUCCUGGGUGACCCUGACCGCCCCGAUGACCCCCGAGCUGCUGGUCCUCCACGCCGGCACCGAGACCAGCCAGCUCAAGCUGAACUGAGCCGAGGAGACGGAGGAGGAGGAGGAGUGCUUAACACUCGCAUCUCCUUAGCGUGGGACACGGCACGUGGCCGCGAUGGGAACGCUCCGAUAAACACGCCAAGAUAACCUGCACUUACACCCCCACUUAACCUGGCUGAAAAGCAUAGCAGCCAAGAACACUGAACACUGUGUUGUAUGCACAAUAAAUUAAAAACUUAUCCAACGCUUAA